CUACAUGAGGGACUUCUUCAGGAAAAUCCUAGAUUUUCCCAAGUCCAUGAACGUCGGGGGAUACGAGCCAUUAUGUUCAGGGAGGGAGGAUUUCUACGAGCGCCGGCUUUAUCUUCGGGCUCAGGAUUGUGCUAACAGACCAAUUUCAAGUGCACCAGAUUCUUGGAUUGAUGUGGUUGAACGUUAUAGCAACGACAAUAACAAGACAUUGCACCGGACCACAAAUUCUACUAGAUGUCUCAACCUAGGAUCAUACAAUUACCUUGGUUUUGCUGCAGCGGAUGAAUAUUGCACACCCCGUGUUAUUGAAUCCCUCCAAAAAUACUCUCCCAGCACUUGCAGUGCUUGUGUAGAUGGAGGAACUACAAAACUGCACGCCGAACUGGAGGAGUUGAUUGCCCGAUUUGUAGGAAAGCCAGCUGCUAUUAUAUUUGGUAUGGGUUAUGUCACAAACUCUGGCAUCAUUCCCGUCCUCAUUGGAAAGGGAGGAUUGAUAAUUAGUGAUUCUUUAAAUCAUAACUCAAUUGUCAACGGUGCUCGAGCAUCAGGGGCAGCAAUACAUGUCUUCCAACACAACAAACCGGCUCACUUAGAGGAGGUGCUAAGAAAGCAGAUUGCUGAGGGACAACCUCGUACACAUAGACGCUGGAAAAAAAUACUAGUUAUUGUUGAGGGAAUCUACAGCAUGGAGGGAGAGCUCUGCAAACUUCCAGAGAUUAUUGCCAUUUGCAAGAAAUAUAAGGCACAUACUUACUUGGAUGAGGCACAUAGCAUGGGUGCAGUUGGAAAAACAGGCAGAGGUGUUUGUGAGCUCCUCGGAGUAGACCCUGCUGAUGUGGAUAUAAUGAUGGGGACAUUUACAAAAUCAUUUGGAUCUUUUGGGGGCUACAUUGCAGCAUCAAAGGAAAUAAUUCAGUACUUGAAGCACGCUUGCCCCGCACAUCUUUAUGGAACUUCCAUGUCACCGCCUGCUGUACAGCAAGUAAUAUCUGCAGUCAAGGUUAUUCUCGGAGAAGAUGGGUCCAAUAGAGGGGCUCUGAAGCUUGCGAAAAUUCACGAGAACAGCAAUUUCUUCAGAUCAGAACUUAAGAAGAUGGGUUUUGAGGUUCUUGGGGACAAUGAUUCUCCGGUGAUGCCGAUAAUGCUCUACAAUCUGGCAAAACUCCCAGCCUUCUCCCGGGAAUGUCUGAGAAACAAGGUUGCAGUUGUGGUGGUCGGUUUCCCUGCUGUACCUCUUCUGCUGAACAGGGUUCGUAUCUGCAUUUCGGCUUCACACUCCAGGGAAGACCUCGUUAAAGCCUUAGAGGUCAUCAGCGAAGCUGGUAACCUUGUUGGCAUCAAGUACUUACGGGUUGAGCCUCAGCAGACACGCGCUGAAGAGAACACGAAGAAGCUCGAGUAGGAAAAUGUUGCAAAUUCAAAGAUUCAAUUGCCAUAUAAAGCUUUUGAAGAUUUAUAGUACAUUUUGUACGGUUAAAAGUCCGUGCUGGUAUAGUGUAGUUCAGGUCCGUUUCAGUUGAUAGGUUUUCCUUCUGUGUCCCUUUUCGCGGAUAUGGAUGACAAAUUCUUUGUAACAUGUAAAUUCAGAAGAAAGUGUAAACUAAACUCGUUUAAGGCGUAUGUAUGAUUGUGUGUUGGAGUGUUAAGCACAUUAUAUGACUAUAUUUGGAUUUGCCUGUGAUGUAGACUUCA